AUGUAUUCUACUUCCCCUCCGUACGCGGUUGCAGGCCAGCAAGCUUCACUUCCUCAGCAACAACCAUAUGGUGGUUCGGAGGGAGUCGGAUAUGGAGUUUCUCGACAGGCUCCCAGCGGGCCAAGCCUUCCUGGUACUCGAGCACCUACUCGUGCUGAGAUGUUGUACGCGAGUUACAAGAAGCCAUCCACAGUUGAUGAGAAGGAAGAUCUUCCACGAUCUCCGUCUGCGGCAUCUUCUACUACUUCCCCCGAGUCCGAUACUACCAGUCCCCCUACGACCUCACCCAUCGAAUCGACCCCUCCCGAGCCCCUGCAAAACAAGGCGAAGGCACGCUCGAACCGAUUGUCCCAACGUCCGGAUGCUUAUAGCUCAGCGCAACCUAUUCUCCCGGUUAAAAUCACUUUUGACCACUCUGACAAUGCACCCCGACGAUCGUCUGAGCCAUUACCGGCAGCAUCACUCUACAGUUCGCGAGUAGCGCCUCCGCCUAUAUCAGGUCCAAGGCCUUUGACUUCGAGCGGCUCCGGGGGCGGCCAGCCAUCUCUUCAUCGAGGUCAGAGUUAUAGUGGUCCCCCCGAUCCAGCGUCCCACCACCACCGCUAUCGUUCGGCGACGGAAUCCCUCCCUCCAAGGGCCGAGGGACGAUCAAUACAUUCAGUUGCUUCUCCUGCCAGCAACUCAACAGGUAUGAACGCCCCUACCUACACGCCACAAAUUAGUCGACAUUCCAGCGCUAGUGCCAGUGCUGCAUACCCCCCGUAUUCUACGACGUCUCCUCAAAGCCCGCCUCCGUUUCCCCCUUCUAUUACGCCAGCAACCAGCCAAGCGUCUUAUCAGUACUCGUCACAGACGUCUCCGUUGCAGUAUUCAUCACCCCCUAUGUCGCCCCCACCUCAAACCCCUGCCAACGGCGUCCCUGUGCAAGGGAUGUACCAGCCUGUCUCCCCUCCGCUCCAAGUUCCAGUCGUAACCCAAUCCCCAGCUACCGGGCCGCGUUCCUCUACCCUGCUACAGGAUACUGGCAAGGCCGCCGCCGCUACUGUCGGUUCAACCCUGGGCCGUAUAGCUCUGAAAGUCGCGCUGGGUAGCGUAGGAGAUGUUAUAGGUGAUGCUAUUGGUAGUGUUGCGAGCGAGGCCAUCAGCAGCAUCGGAGCAGAUGCCGCUACUUCUGCCUUUACUGACAGCGGCGUUGUUGAUGGCCUCGCUGCGGGCCUUACCGCUGGGGCCGGCUUCAUGGACCCAUCCAGUUUUCUUGCGGCUGGGAUGCUUGGUGGAGUUAUGACUAGCGCUUUCUCUGGCGAUGCCAUGUCAGGACUGACUGAGAGCUUCGCUGGACUUUCUACGGCGGACCCUGCAGCCUAUGGCGGCUACAGCACAGACGCGUUCCAAAAUUACCAAACUAUCAUGGAAUCAAUUCAAGCAAAUCAGCCUUCUUACGCCGAUACUUAUUCACAGAUAUUGCAGGCGCAACAGGCCCAGCAAAACGCGGCUCAAAGCCAAUUCGAAAGUAUCUACCAAUCCCAACUCCAGAGCCAGCAAGAUCUCAUGCAACAAAUCAUGCAACAAGCACAAACCACCCAAGCCGAAGCGUACAAAACCCAGAUGGAGAUGUACCAGAAUAUCCUAGAGCAGUCGCAGUCUACAUCCCAGCCACAGUAUCAACAAAAUCAGUCCCCUUCGCAGUACCAAUCGCCGUCUCAGCACCAAUCACCCUCACAAUAUCAAUAUCAACCUCAACAAAGCAACCACGCUCAACAAUCGUAUCACAAUCCAUACGGUAAUUCAUACCAAACCCAGAGUCAGUCAACGCCCAACGUUGCUCAGCACCCCCCAGCCCAUGGACGGCCUCCCGCACAUCACAGCGCGACGUCGCCUUAUCCGUCUAGCUAUCGACCACCCCAAAUGGCCCAUCCGCAUGGCAGACGCUAG